CUUCUCUAUAUUUUCUUAACUGAGGAAUACUUAGGCGUGUUGUAACCUUUUUAUUUUACUGAAAAGAGGGAAAAAAUGGCCAACAGCAAUAAAGUCAUCGACCCUAGCAGUCUUGCCAACCUCUCUGAGGUCGUCACUAAACACCUUCAUUUUGAUUGGACCAUUUCAUUCACUGAAAAGAAAAUCCACGGUCAUGUCACAUUGGACAUGGUGACUUUGGUUCCUCGUGUAGCUCAAAUUGUUUUGGAUUCAAGCUAUUUGGAUAUUAAGGGUGUUCAAUUGAACGGACAGCCUUUGGAAUACACUGUCGCUGAUCGUCACCCUAGCCUUGGUUCUGCUUUGACCAUCACUCUUCCUGAAACAGUUGAGGAAGGCACAAAACUUCAAGUAAAGAUUGAAUAUAGUACCACUGAGAAAUGCACAGCUGUUCAAUAUUUGGAACCUGAACAAACAGUUGGUAAAAAGCAUCCAUAUUUGUUCUCCCAAUGUCAAGCUAUCCACGCCCGUGCUUUGGCUCCUCUUCAAGAUUCUCCGUCUGUCAAGGUAACUUAUUCCGCUUCCGUCACUUCUCCUUUGCCUGUUGUUAUGUCAGCACUUUUAUCCGGUACAUCAGAAGAUAAUAAUGAUGGUACAAAGACUUACCACUUUAAACAAAAUACGACCAUUCCCUCAUAUUUGAUUGCUAUUGCCGCUGGUAACUUGGCCGGUCGUGAGAUUGGUCCUCGUUCCACCGUUUGGUGUGAGCCCGAGGUUGUUGAGCAAGCUGCCUGGGAAUUUGAGGAUACAGAAAAGUUCAUUGCUACUGGUGAAAGUCUUUUGACUCCUUAUGAAUGGGGUCGCUAUGAUCUUCUCGUCUUACCACCUUCUUUCCCUUACGGUGGUAUGGAGAAUCCUUGUUUGACAUUUGUCACACCAACAUUACUGGCAGGCGACAAGAGUGCUGUUGAUGUCGUUGCUCAUGAAAUUGCUCAUAGUUGGAUGGGUAACUUAGUUACCACAUCCAAUUGGGAGCACUUUUGGUUAAAUGAAGGCUGGACUGUAUUCAUCGAACGUAAAAUUGCUUCUCGUCUCCAUGGUGAACCUGAAAGACAAUUCAGCGCUAUUAUUGGUUGGAAGGCAUUGAAAGAAAGUGUUGAACUCUUUGGUGAAAACUCACCCGCCACUGUAUUGAAGCCUGAUUUAAGCAGCGGCAUUGAUCCUGAUGACUAUUUCAGUUCUAUUCCUUACGAAAAGGGUUUCAAUUUACUGUAUCAUAUUGAAAAAACCGUGGGUGGUCCACAAGUCUUUGAGCCUUAUAUGAAGGCUCAUGUGGAGCGUUUUGCUAAUAAGUCAAUUACUACAGAUCAAUGGUUAGCUCAUCUUCAUGAAUAUAUGGAAAAACAUCACGGUCAAGAAGUUGUUGAUAAGUUGAAGCAGAUUGAUUGGGACCGUUGGAUUUCUGGUCCUGGUAUGCCACCUGUAGAUCCCAAAUUUGAUACCAGCUUGGCUGAUGCUUGUUAUAAUUUGGCUGCACGUUGGGACCAAGCUCGUCAAUCAGAUGACUUGUCAGGAUUCUCAUCUAAGGAUGUCGAAAGCUUUACAUCUACGCAAAAGAUCGUCUUUUUGGAACGUUUGACAGAUUGUGAGCCCCUCCCUCAUCAUUUGCUUGAAAAGAUGGAUCAACUUUAUGAAAUGACACCUAUCCGUAAUGCUGAUAUUCGUUUCCGCUGGCAACAACUCUGUGUCAUGGCCAGCUAUGAAAAGAUUUAUCCUCAUGUCGUUGAAUUUAUCACAGAACAGGGCCGCAUGAAGUUUGUGCGUCCUUUGUAUCGCUAUCUUUACAAUGCUAAGAAUGGCGCUUCUUUGGCUCAAGAAACAUUCUUAAAACACAAAAACUUUUACCAUCCCAUCGCUGCUACACUCAUCGCCAAGGAUAUCAAUUUGAAGCAAUAAUUCUUUUGUUUGACAAACGUUUCAAGAUAGGAAAUAUAAUCUGCUGGUCAUUAUAUUCUGAAUAAAAACUUACAUAAU